GGAACCAACCCGCGAACUCCACGCGCUGCCUGCAUAUCCUCCCUCCCAAUCCCGCCCACUCGCCCGCUGUCUCUCCCGCAAGCCACCAGCAAUGGGCUCCUCCCAAUCCACGCCCGCCGCGCCGCCGCCGCUCCCACGACAACAGCCCGCGCUCCCCACGACGCCGACCUCGCCCACCAUCGACGCGACCACCAUCGUCUCGCUCCUCAGCGUGCUCGCCCUCCUCGCCGGCGCCUACGCCGCCUCGGUGCGCCUCCUCCCGCCCGCAUCCACCCUGAAAACCCGCGUCCUCUUCGUCUGGCACCUCUUCGACGCCCUCAUCCACAUCGUCUUCGAGGGCUCCUUCCUGGCGCAGUGCUUCUGCGUCUACUACUCGCUGCCCACCUCCUUCGCGACGCGCGGGCCGGCCGUCACGCCGCUGCUGCUCACGCCGCCCGACGUGCACUUCCUCGGGCAGCGCGACCGGCUGUACGGCGCCGCGUACGGCACGAACCCGUUUGCGCGGCUGUGGCAGGAGUACGCUAAGGCUGACCGGCGGUGGGGCGGAGUCGAUCUAGGCGUCGUGAGUCUGGAGAUCUUGACCGUGGGCGUGGGCGCGCCGCUGGCGGUGUAUGUGUGUGCGUUGUUGUGCAGGCCGGAGGGGAGGGGCGCGCUGGGGAAGUGGUGGUGGAUGAGUGUGUUGGCGACGGGGGAGCUUUAUGGGGGUUGGAUGACAUUCGCGCCGGAAUGGCUCACUGGGUCACCGAAUUUGGAUACGUCGAAUUGGAUGUAUCUCUGGGUCUACCUCUUCUUCUUCAACACCCUCUGGGUUUGGUUCCCGCUCUGGGUCCUCUACGAAUCCUACCACGCCAUCAACAGCGCCAUGUCGCAGGCCGAGAUGGUCGACUUGGUGAACUAUCUAGGGAAGAAGGAUGAUUGAGCCCGCAGCAUCCACGACACCAUACUAUACCACCCUUCGCUCGACGAAUCUUCCACUUCGAUCUCUCCGCUCUUGUUUAUUAGGAGGACUUCUAUACUUGACACACGCGCUUCUUCUUUUUGAGCGAAUCUGUUUGGAGGAUUCAUGGGAACAGGCGUAUUUGAUGCGUUUGCGAAAGAUUUCUGUUCUGCUUUAUAUACCCCCAAGUUUAUUCUAUAUUCUUCCGCCAAAAGGUACAAUAUGCUAGAAACCGCUGGUUUGUGAUAGCUACUGAAUCCCCGCCAACUCAUCCGUGCAAUUCGAUGUCAUGCAGUCUAUCACCUAUGCCACACAAGCCCAAAAUUCAGCCCUACAAGACGUAGAAAUGCUAUUAAUCUGAUUCAUAAACUCAUAUAUGCAUAA